GGGGGGGAUGAAUCCUCCCGUGCAGCGCUAUUAGCGAUGAUUAGAUAUCCGACAUCCUCAACAACUUCCAUGCCAUCCCUGACAGGGGCUUCUCUUGUUCAUUGCGCCAUGACCCUUGCUUGCUAGGUACCUCGGGCAGGGGGUCCACGGGUGGAGGCGUACCAGAGCUGCAGCGCCUAAUCACGCGCCUGCGAACAGACCCCUUUGUGCACCUACCACAUGUACGACCUUUCUUUUGUACUACAUCACGACUACUUCUUCCUGAAUGGCCGACAACGAUCCCCCUCCUCCUCCUUCUCCUCGCUUACCUCCUGACGCUUUUCGUACAGACACUGCCGGCUUGGAAGAGGAGGAACAGCUCCGCCUUAUUGCAGACCUCCUUCCGUCUCCUCCCACGCAUCCCUUUGGUCAGCAUCGUCAUCAACAAGAAGGCCCGAUGGCAGGACCCAGCUCAAGCAACAAGGAGAAAGGGAAGGCCAAGGAAAAAGCUCAAGUCAUCACAGUCGACGAUGUGAGGAACAAGGUCUGCUGGAUCUGUCAGGAAACAGAGCAGGACGAGGUCCAAGGUGGUACCCAGGCAUCGGCGAGGAGACCAAGCAAAGCUAACGGGAAGCGCAAGAAGAGGAAAACAAAGAACUUCGUCCAUCCUUGCAACUGUACACUCGUAGCUCAUGAGUCCUGUCUCCUCUCGUGGAUCAAUCGCAAAUCCACGCUGGAAAAUCCAGAUGUGAAAUGUCCUCAAUGCGCACAUACCUUUGCCCUCUACAAUCCCAAGCCGCUGAUGCUCCGGCUCAUCGAGCGACUGGAUCGAGAGAUCUCUGUAUGGGGGAACUCGGCUGUCAUGUGCUUGUGGGCCGGAGGCGCUCUGUUCGCGUCAGGAGGUUAUGGAGCACUUGCGGUGCGGCUGUGGAUGGGAAAGGAGGCGUCACGGCGAUGGCUGGGGUAUCCAGGGUGGAGCCUGAAGACAUACAUCGGACUGCCCGCUAUUGCGCCCCUCCUCAUUGCAUGUCGUUUCCCAAUCGUCAGUGGUCUCAUAGGUGGCGUCGCAGGUCAGACAAUGUCACUGUUUUUCUUCGAAGAGGGCUUCGUCUUCUUCGCAGAUGCCCUGGGUAUAGGGUUGCGACAUCGAGGACUUCGGUCCGGGAGAGUGACCAGCGCUUAUCCUGCUCAUGGAGGUCAGCUGUUUGCGUACCCUCCUUCCCCAAAUGUCACAAUUACCCUGCUACCGCUCGUCCGGGCUGUCUACCUGAUCCUACGACGAAGGGUCACGCAAUGGGUGUUGCGGUCGUUUGUCAAGCGAAGUAGCUCUUCUGCCUCGCCAAACAAUGCGCAGCGGAACCCCGCGGCAGGUGUUGCGGCCUACGGGGCUAAUGGGGGUGCAGCUGUUGCACAAGGCGAUCAACAACGCCCUGUCCGUCAGCGCCGAGCGAUCAUUGUCGGUGGUGAAGAAAAUCACUUGAUAGACGCAGACGCAGGUUUGGGCAGGCCUGUCCCGCAAGGCGAGCAAGCGAACAUCAAUAACGGAAUGGAAGAAGAGGACGAAGAAGACGAGGAGGAGGAUCCGGGCUUCCUAGAGGAACACGAAGUCCUCGACGAGCGCCUUGGUGAUCGAGCCUUGGAGGGAGCUGCAGUCAUUGGCGGAGACCGCGUCGUUCGGGUCAAUGCCCUGGCACUAGAGAGGCUGGUGCUGCAAUCCCUCGCAUUGCCUUUGAUCUCUGCUGGGGUCGGAGAGUUCGUAGGUUUGCUGGCGAGCUGUACCCGACCGGGCAGUGCGCUGGAGCGAUUCCUAGGUAUCAAUAGCAAGACGAGGACACAGUGGGGCUCCAGAAUCAGAUUGGCCUUCUCCAGACAAGGGACUAUGGCGACUCAGAGCGCAAAAGAAGUUCGCGCUCCUGCUAGCGACUCGAGUCUGCUCAGACGCCUUUUCUCUUCCAGCGAUUCUAGCAAAGCAGGAAGGCAGGACGCUUCUGUACCUGCCGAGGCUGGUCAACCACGAGCUGAGGAUGUCCGCCACUUUUCCUCUGUACACUGGCGCAAUACGCUCUCCCUCUUCGCGUACAUUGUCGUGGCCGACGCUUGCUCGCUUGGAUGUCGGUAUCUGAGGCUACGCCAGAGGAGGAGAACCAGAGUGGUCGAUCGACCAUUUGAGGGCGAGGAACUGAUCAGCGGGCUGGACCUGAAGUAAUGUUCCCUCUCAGGUGCUCAUGUAGCUCUCGUGGGUGCUCAGAGCAUGUCAAUAUGAUCUGUACAUAGCCAAUUCGCAUUCAAUAUGGUGAAGAUCUGUCUGCGCGC